UUCUCGGUUGCGAGGCAGCUCGCUCGUUCUGCGAUCUAUUGAGAGUGGCUUCCAAGAGCCCCGUGCCUAUGUCUGGGAGGGAGGGAAGAUGGCAGCCGUGGCGGCAGGCGGCCUGGUGGGGAAGGGGCGCGACAUCAGCCUAGCGGCCCUGCAGCGCCACGACCCCUAUAUCAACCGCAUCGUGGACGUGGCCAGCCAGGUGGCUCUGUACACUUUCGGCCAUCGGGCCAACGAGUGGGAGAAAACUGAUGUGGAAGGAACCUUAUUUGUUUAUACAAGGUCUGCUUCUCCAAAGCACGGAUUCACCAUUAUGAAUAGGCUGAGCAUGGAAAAUAGGACAGAACCUAUUACUAAAGACUUGGAUUUCCAACUCCAGGACCCUUUCCUUCUCUACAGAAAUGCCAGAUUGUCCAUCUAUGGAAUUUGGUUUUAUGAUAAGGAAGAAUGCCAAAGAAUUGCAGAGCUUAUGAAAAACCUAACUCAGUAUGAACAGUUGAAAGCCCAUCAGGGAACUGGAGCAGGAAUUUCCCCAAUGAUCCUCAAUUCAGGAGAGGGCAAAGAAGUAGAUAUUUUACGAAUGCUCAUCAAGGCCAAAGACGAAUACACAAAGUGUAAAACCUGUUCUGAGCCAAAAAAGAUAACCAGUUCCUCUGCCAUCUAUGACAAUCCAAAUCUCAUCAAACCAAUUCCAGUGAAACCCAGUGAAAACCAGCAACAGCGUAUACCUCAGCCCAACCAGACCUUAGACUCUGAACCCCAACACUUAUCCUUGACAGCUCUGUUUGGGAAGCAAGACAAAGCUACAUGUCAGGAAACUGUGGAGCCUCCGCAGACUCUCCACCACCAGCAGCAGCAGCAGCAGCAGCAGCAAGAGAAACUUCCAAUUAGGCAGGGGGUUGUGCGCUCCCUGUCCUAUGAGGAACCCAGAAGACACUCACCCCCCAUUGAGAAGCAGCUCUGUCCAGCCAUUCAGAAACUCAUGGUCAGGAGCGCAGACCUCCACCCAUUGUCAGAGCUGCCUGAAAACCGGCCUUGUGAAAAUGGCAGUACCCAUUCUGCGGGAGAAUUUUUUACAGGACCUGUCCAGCCAGGGUCUCCUCACAACAUUGGGACUUCUCGUGGUGUACAAAAUGCUUCCAGAACUCAGAACCUGUUUGAGAAACUUCAGAGUACCCCAGGGGCAGCAAACAAGUGUGACCCUAGUACACCAGCACCUGCCAGCUCAGCUGCCCUGAACCGCAGCAGAGCUCCCACUUCUGUCACCCCUCAGGCUCCAGGAAAGGGUCUGGCUCAGCCACCACAGGCCUAUUUCAAUGGCUCCCUUCCACCUCAGGCUCAUGGAAGAGAACAGUCCACACUCCCAAGACAAACACUCCCCAUCUCUGGUAAUCAGACUGGCAGUUCUGGAGUGAUCUCCCCUCAAGAGUUACUGAAGAAGCUUCAGAUUGUGCAGCAGGAGCAGCAGCUGCAUGCCUCUAACCGGCCAGCCUUGGCUGCUAAGUUUCCUGUGCUCAGUCAGAGCUCUGGAACAGGGAAACCCUUGGAAUCCUGGAUCAACAAGACAUCCAGCACAGAACAGCAGACUCCUUUUUUCCAGGUCAUCUCACCUCAGCGCAUCCCUGCUACAGCAGCUCCUUCUCUGCUCAUGUCCCCCAUGGUGUUCGCACAACCCACCUCCAUCCCACCAAAGGAAAGGGAGAGCGGCCUCUUGCCUGUGGGAGGCCAGGAGCCACCUGCUGCUGCCACCAGCCUCCUCCUGCCUAUACAGAGCCCGGAGCCCUCCAUGAUCACCAGCAGCCCACUCACCAAGCUCCAGCUCCAGGAGGCACUGCUGUACCUCAUUCAGUGGCUGGUACCAGUUUUUCCUUUCCAUAUUUAGUGCGGAGUGGACCUCCAGCAAACUCCAGCAGACCUGCAGCAGAGGGCCUGACUGUUAGAAGGAAAACUAACAAACAGAAAGGAAUACCAUCAACAUUAACAAAAAGGAUGUCCACACAAAAACCCCAUCCAAAGGUCAUCAACGUCAAAGAUAAAUCCACGAAGAUGAGGAAAAAACAGUGCAAAAAGGCUAAAAAUUCCAAAAACCAGAAUGCCUCUUCUCCUCCAAAGGAUCACGACUCCUCGCCAGCAAGGGAACAAAACUGGAGGGAGAAUGAAUUGCAGAAGUAGGCUUCAGAAGGUGGGUAAUAACAAAAUCCUCCGAGCUAAAGAAGCAUGUUCUAACCCAAUGCAAGGAAGCUAAGAACCUUGAAAAAAGGUUAGAGGAAUUGCUAACUAGAAUAACCAGUUUAGAGAAGAACAUAUAUGACCUGAUGGAGCUGAAAAACACAGCACAAGAACUUCGCAAUGCAUACAUAAGUAUCAGUAGCCGAAUUGAUCAAGCAGAAAAAAGGAUAUCAGAGAUUGAAGAUCAACUUAAUGAAAUAAAGCUUGAAGACAAGAUUAGAGAAAAAAAUGAAAAGGAUGAACAGAGCCUCCAAGAAAUAUGGGACUAUGUGAAAAGACCAAACCUGCAUUUGAUUGGUGUACCUGAAAGUGACGGGGAGAAUGGAACCAAACUGGAAAACACUCUUCAGGAUAUUAUCCAAGAGAACUUCCCCAACCUAGCAAGGCAGGCCAACAUUCAAAUUCAGGAAAUACAGAGAACACCACAAAGAUACUCCUCGAGAAGAGCAACCCCAAGACACAUAAUUUUCAGAUUCACCAAGGUUGAAAUGAAGGAAAAAAUGUUAAGGGCAGCCAGAAAGGUCAAGUUACCCACAAAGGGAAGCCCAUCAGACUAACAGUGGAUAUCUCUGCAGAAACCCUACAAGCCAGAAGAGAGUGGGGGCCAAUAUUCAACAUUCUUAAAGAAUAGAAUUUUCAGGGGCCAGGCGCGGUGGCUCACGCCUGUAAGCCCAGCACUUUGGGAGGCCGAGAUGGGUGGAUCACGAGGUCAGGAGAUCGAGACCAUCCUGGCUAACACGGUGAAACCCUGUCUCUACUAAAAAUACAAAAAAUUAGCCGGGCAUGGUGGAGGGCGCCUAUAGUCCCAGCUACUCGGGCAACAGAGUGAGACUCCGUCUCAAAAAAAAAAAAAAAAAAUAGAAUUUUCAACCCAGAAUUUCAUAUCCAGCCAAACUAAGCUUCAUAAGCGAAGGAGAAAUAAAAUCCUUUACACACAAGCAAAUGCUGAGAGAUUUUGUCACCACCAGGCCUGCCUUUCAAGUAUUUUUGUUUUGUUUUGUUUUGCUUUUAGAAAUCACGUCCUUCAGUACACCUGGUACUAAGAAUUGAGUGGGUAGGAAAAUUCUUUGCUUAGGUCACUCAGUAAAUGCCAAGCUUAGUAUGUUUCGUUAAAUGUAUGGAGCCACUUCAGAAGAAUCAGUGUCUCCGUGGGAAGGGCUGUUCUCGGAGCUUAGUUCUUUAUUAAUAGGUCUGGUGGUUCUUUGAGCGGUGUGUAACUUCCAUGGGGGAGCUCCAUGCGCACAGUGCACGCCGACCACCAGGUGGCAGUGUCAUCCCACAAGUUAACCUACAAAGGCUUUAAUGAGCCUUUGGAAGUAAUGACGGUUUUCUUUUACCAGACAAAGUAAACCUUUCAUUUGUAAAAACCCAGUUGGCAUGUUUUACCCAAUCCUUUGAAGGAAGUUAUUUCUAAAGGUAUUUAUAGCUAGUUUCUAGAGGAUAGAUGUUCUAGGAGUUGACAAAUGGCCCAGAUUUCCAGCAACGCUUCAUCCAUCCCAGCCCAUGGUAUUUCUUUUGGACCCAAGCAGCAGGAUGUGCCCGCCUGGGCUUCCGAAUGGAUAGUAUAUCACCCUUAGCAGAACAUGCUGAGGGGGAAGGCACAGGAGAUUGUCACUGUGACGUUCAGGGCGUCAUGUUCUGCAAGCUGUGUAGCAGGUUGAGUUUUAUGUUCACAGAGAUGAGGAGCUUAAUCUUGGAAGGAGUCAGAAGAGCCCCUGCCAAGUUGUUAAGAGUAUGUAUGAGAAUUCGUCCCUGCUGAGUAUUCGUAAUAAAUAAAGCUUUGCAUUUCAAUAGCCCUUCUUAUUCUUGGAUAAUAAAAAGAUCUUCGAUUACUGCACAGCA